AAAAACGCGAGAAGGUGAAGCGGCUGCUGCUAAUCAACAAAUCGUAGCCGUAUUUCAGCGUGAACUUUGCGGACAGUUUUACAGAUGAUAUAUGGAGAAUUUCAUCCGCCUGCGCCCCGUGCAUCCUGUUACAUUCAUUCAUACUAUGUGGAAAUUUGUUGGUUUGGUUCGGCGUCUGGCGUUAACUGGGAUUAUUUUCGGAUCGACUGUCCGCUCAAUUUUGCAGAUGAUUCAUGUCGUAUAUACUGCUGCAUCUAGUUUGCACUGAAACGCAGCAUCGGACGCACCAAAUCCAGGCGACGCUCUUCCUGAUCGCCGUCAUCGGGUUUAUCGCGCUGAGUAUCUACCUGACGAUUCUGUAUUAUGACUCCUUGCCGCGUAUCCAGCGUUUUCGCUCACCGGGAUGGACGGAGUGCACCGUCCUUAUCGCUCUGCCUGAGGCCCAGAAUUCUCUGCCCGAUACGCGCUGGAUGAGGAUCCUCGAGAAGAUGGGAUUGUACUCGGCCUUCGUGACGGAUAAGCAUCCACCGCAGCUUACGAUGAGGUUAUUGCCAUCGUAGAGCUGACGGAGAAUCGAUUUUUGGACGAUGUCGAGUGCCAGUGUAUGUUUGGCGGGGAUAAAGGACUGUUGAAAGCGGAGAUUCGCGUCCAUAACGAAACCCGUCGCGAUAGGCAUGGGGUAAGAAGUUUCUACUCAAAUUUUUAACACAUUGAAAUUAAGGUUUAUUUGCGUAUUUUCAAAUACUUAACAUUUUACUUUUUAUCCGUAAUUGACGAAAAACGUUUGAUAAAAUCGGCUGAUUUGACGUAUUUUGCCCCAAAUCCCAAACAACAACUAAUUUUUCCGCUGAAAUAAUCAAUAUUUCUGCACUUUAGUCUUUAGAUAGCAGUGAUACGAGAGUGAUAUUUUUAUAAUCAAUAACAAUUAUUGCGUUUCUAUCGUGGAAUGCCGUUAUCCAGCAGUGGUACAACGAAGUAAAAGAUUUUUACGUUUUGUGGCCCCAGCACCUGGUAUUUGUUCUGGUAUUUAAUUUUAAGUUUGUGCUUGUUUCGUGAUACUUAUUAGCUAGACUCGAAAGGCACUUUAAAUGCGUUCUGUACGAUACAGAGCCGGAAGUUCUGUAAUUUUUCGAUCACACCCCCCUACCUCUGAUUGGACGGCCGAGUUAAAGUGUUCUGUAUCUAAAAGGAACUCUCCUGCUCCGUUACGAUACAGAACUCGCAUUUUUCACCACAAGUCAAAAAAAUAAUUUGUCAAAAGAAUUUGUUGUGAAUUUUUCAUGUGCCAACUGUACGCAGAAAACUUGAGUUUUGAGUUUACCUUUGAGUUUUGAUUUUAAUUGAGUUUAGUUUAACUUUGAGUUUUGAGAUACGCUAUUAGAUUAGUGCAGAAUGAGCACGCUUCCAGUCAUCAGGGCAAAAGGAGUAACGGUUAUCAGCAAUAAUAAUGCGACAGAAUGUGAUGGCACCCAGGAGAAACCCAAGCGAAAACGAAGACCCCGCUUUAGUUGGAAGAAAGAAUGCGCAGACUUGUUAAUCGCAUGGCUUACGGAGCCUGGCAAUUACGACAGGUGGAAGUCCACUGCUGUGCCUACUGGUCCGGGAAAGACUAAACGUGUGACUGGAGAUAGUAAAAGACAAAUCGCAGCGGAAAUUGCAACCCUUCUUCGAGAAAAAGGCUUCGAGCAGUGCGAUGGCCAGAUUGUCCAGAACAAGAUCGAUCUGAUCGAAUCCUCCUACAAAAAGGCACGUUCAUGUUUGAAAGGGACGGGAUUUGGCGUUGAUGACAGCGAUAUAGCGAAAGGCAUAAAAACGGUGGAAGAAAAGGUUCUGUAUCUCUGCUCUUAUUUUUAUCAACUGGACCCCAUUUUUGCUGAUCGGCCGUCGAUGGUGCCUGCUUUUUUGGCGGGAACUGAUGACGCGGAUGCCGAGGUUGAAAGUGUGUUGGAUGUGCAUAUGGAACAAAUAGAAGAACCAGGUCUAAUGUCAACUGAUGAGCCGCGGGGAGUACCAGAUGCCAGCAGUUGCGAUUUAUUGAACGACGCUGAUUUUGAGCAAUCGGAUUAUGUGGAAAAUUCGGAAGCUGUUAAAUCUUUAGCAGUGAAUGCGGCGGACACUGGAAAGAAAGUGGACAGUGGCGCGCGUCUGGCUCCGUCAUUGCUGAAGUCGGUGGUUUUGAACAAAACGCUUGGUGGCCGUCCUCGCGCUCCUCCUUCACCAUCGGUCGUUGAAUCUUACUUGGCGCACAAAAAAGAAAUGUUUGACCAGAAAAUGAAGCUCUCGGCACGCAAGCAGGACCAUCUAGAAAAUGUUGCGCGAAUGGCACAUGAAGCGAAAAUGGCUGAGCUGGAAGUGAGAAAACUGGAAGCCGAAGCGAAAAAAGAAGCUGCAAUUUCCCAAAGAUCCAACUAUGUGGGCUUGCCGUAAGUAUGUCAGUUUUUUCGAUUCUGCGACCGCGAUCCUGAAAAAGGUGUACAGUUGUCCAUUUGUCAGAACUUGACCGUUUUAAUAGUGCGUCUCUUCAGAAUUUUCAAGCUUAAUUGAUCUGUUUAUUUUUGUUACGUAUCGGUAGUUGGCACCGUGGACAACCGCUUUCACACAUACACGCAACUGGGUUGUGAACCUCUUUCCCAGUUUUGCUAAUUUAGCAACCACUGAGCGUUUCUGUUUCUCAUAUGUUGAUUUUCUAAACGAACGUUGUGUUACUGGAAAAAUUAUUUUUCUAGAAUAGUUGUUCGGAUUGUACUGAAUUAAAGGCAGUUUGCUGCUAACU